AUGCUCUACGUUAUCGGACUCGGACUCUCGGACGAACGCGACAUCACCGUCAAGGGCCUCGAUGCCGUCAGGUCAUGCGAACGCAUCUACCUCGAGGCAUACACCUCCAUCCUCAUGGUCGACAAGGAGAAGCUCGAAGCAUUCUACGGCAAGCCGGUCACAGUGGCAGACCGCGAGAUGGUCGAGUCUGAGUCGGACACCAUCCUCGCAAACGCCCAAAAUGUCAACGUCGCCUUCCUCGUCGUUGGCGAUCCCUUUGGCGCUACCACCCACACCGACCUCGUCAUCCGCGCAAAGGAACUCGAUAUCCCCGUCGAGACCAUCCACAACGCCUCCAUCAUGAACGCCAUCGGCGCUUGUGGUUUGCAGCUCUACAACUUUGGCCAGACAAUCUCAAUGGUCUGGUUCACAGACACAUGGAGACCGGACUCGUGGUACCCUAGGGUCAAGGAGAACAGGGACAUUGGACUGCACACGCUUUGUCUGCUUGACAUCAAGGUCAAGGAGCAGUCGAUGGAGAACAUGGCUCGCGGUCGUUUGAUCUAUGAACCUCCAAGGUUUAUGACGGUCAACACCUGCCUGGAACAGAUGCUCGAGAUCGAGGAGAAGCGAGGUGAGAACGCGUACGGACCGGAGACACUUGCGAUUGGAUGUGUUCGUCUGGGGACGGCGACGCAGUUGUUUGUGUCGGGGACGAUGGAGCAGCUGGUGGAGGAGGACUUUGGCGAGCCCCUGCACUCGCUGGUUCUUAUUGGAAGGAGGAUGCACGUUAUGGAGGCGGAGAUGGUCCGUGGAUUUUGCCCAGAAAAGUACCGGGCAAAGUUCGACGAGAUCUACAAGCGCGACUAUGAGUCUUAG